GAGGAGGAUGACUGAGCAGUGGGUGAAAGAGAGGAAGAGGAGGAGAGAGACCGUGCUGAGUGUACUGGGAUUAGUGCUGCUGUUAUACACUGCUGUGCAACUCGUCUUCUACACAACUACACACUCUCAACAUCACCGAGUGAGACGUGCGCUGGAGAAUCAGAGUCAGUGUGUUCCUCCACAGUCCUCCGAAUUUCCCCAGGGAUUUUUUACAGAACAGGAACGUAAAGAUGGAGGGAUUGUUAUUUAUUUCAUCAUUAUUUUCUACAUGCUGCUCGCUGUGUCUGUAGUGUGUGAUGAAUAUUUUUUACCAUCACUCGAAGUCAUCAGUGAUCGUCUCGGUCUGUCUCAGGACGUCGCUGGUGCCACUUUCAUGGCUGCUGGAAGCUCCGCCCCCGAACUCGUCACUGCCUUUCUGGGUGUGUUUGUGACAAAGGGAGAUAUCGGUUUAAGCACUAUCGUGGGCUCCGCUGUUUAUAACCUGUUGGGAAUCUGUGCAGCAUGCGGCCUCCUAAGUUCAGUGGUCAGUCGUCUGAGUUGUUGGCCGCUGUUCAGGGACUGUAUCGCCUACGCUGUUAGUGUGAUCGCCGUGAUCGCCAUGAUCUCUGACAACCAGGUGUACUGGUACGACGCAGCGUGUUUGUUACUGGUAUACGGUGUGUACAUCGUGGUGUUGUGUUUUGAUGUGAGGAUCAGUGAGAUUGUGUUACGACGUUUCAGUCCAUGUUGUGUUUGUUUGGAGAAGAGAGAGGAGGAGCUCUCUGAGAGACGGCCCCUUAGUGGGUGGAGCCAUAACCAAGACAAUAAUGAUGAUGUCACAAGUCUGCAAGUCUCCCGUCGUUCUCGUACAGACAGUGGAAUCUUCCACGAAGACUCGUCAUACUCACACCUGUCCCUCAGCCUGCACGGCCUCUCAGAUACACCACAUGAGCCCCACAGUGUGUUCUGGAUGCCAGACAGUGAUUUGAAGCGUAUAUUUUGGGUCUUAUCUGUGCCUGUGAUGGUGCUGCUGUACUUCACGGUACCUGACUGCAGGAAACGGAUCUGGAAGAAGUUCUACAUGCUGACGUUCUUUAUGGCUGCUGUGUGGAUUGCUGCCUUCACCUACAUCCUGGUCUGGAUGGUCAUCAUCGUUGGAGAGACCCUGGGGAUUCCUGACACAGUGAUGGGACUGACGCUGUUAGCAGCAGGAACCAGCAUCCCAGAUACCAUCGCCAGCGUGAUGGUGGCUCGAGAGGGUAAAGGAGACAUGGCCAUGUCCAACAUCGUGGGCUCUAACGUCUUUGACAUGCUGUGUUUGGGCCUGCCCUGGUUUAUAAAGACAGCAUUUGUGGACCCAUCAUCUCCGGUGGUUGUGAACAGUACAGGGCUGGUUUUCACCACCUCCUCGCUCCUUGUCUCCAUCCUCAUCCUCUUCAUCGCCACUCACAUCAAUGGCUGGAAGCUGGACAGGAAGCUGGGCGCUGCCUGCUUAGUCAUCUAUAUCAUUUUUGCCACACUGUCUAUCCUGUACGAACUGGGGAUCAUUGGGAACAGUCCAAUCCGUGCCUGUGGUGACUAACUGACCGCAGAUACAACAUACUGGGCCUGAAAAACUGCUGUAUGGAUAAUUUGUGAUCUCAGCCUUAACACACAAUGACUGAACCUGCACAUACAAGGUUCACUACAGUUCACUGACUUCAGAUCAGUGAUAAUACACAACAGCUGGGACCCAUGUGAACACCUGUGUGUUUAACUGAUCCCAGAUCAGAUCCGGUGGUUUAUGCAGAUUCAACAUCAACACUUCCCAGUGGACGCAAGAACAGACUUCAUUCUCUAAUUACUGACCUCAGAUCAUUUAUAACAUUUCAGGUUUCAUUCAGAGGUUUAUACAAAUCUACUGAAUUCAGAUCAGCCUAAACACUUAACUCUGCACCUGAAACAGGUUUAUCUAGAACAUAGAACACACUGCAGGUCAAUACUGUGCAGAAUAACUGACUGCAGAUCAGUGUCAAAUCACCAGACACAUUCAUGUGUUUAAUAUUACUGAUCUCAGAUCAGCUGAUACACACCAUAUACUUUAUAAAGAAUUAAAUGUAAUUAAAAACACAACGUUACACCGCUGCCGAGGUUUUGUUUUUUAACAAAUUG